CUUCUUCCUCCUGCUCCGACUCUCUCUCUAACAUCAUCUGGCUGAGAUCAAAUAGCCGAAGAGACUAGAGGUGCACUGGUUCAGUGCACGAGCUUUAAGAUUACAACUUAUAAGUGCUGAAAAUUUCUUCAGUUCCUUGUUGUAUUUCGUCAAAUUCUUCUCUCCCUAUAUCCCGCUUGUCUCAAUCUUCUCCGGAACACAGAAAACGGAGAGACCCCAUCUGCGACCAUCUCAUUACUGCUCCAGAUGUAUAACGGAAUCGGGUUACAGACCCCGAGGGGGUCGGGUACAAACGGUUAUAUCCAAACAAACAAGUUUUUCGUGAGGCCGAGAACCGGCAAGGUAGCACAUGAUACUAAGGGUUUCGAGGGAGAUCAGGGGACUGGUGGGAUUACCAAGAAACCCAAUAAGGAAAUUCUUGAGCAUGAUCGCAAGCGGCAAAUUCAGCUCAAGCUUGUUGUGCUUGAAGACAAGCUGAUUGAACAAGGAUAUACUGAUGCUGAGAUUGAAGAGAAGCUUCAGGAAGCUAGGAAGACUUUGGAAGCUGCAUCCGAAGAGAGUGGGGGACUUACUGCCUCUGACACAAAGGUUUCAGAUACGCAGUCCCAUCAAAUUGCUGCUAGGAAGGAAAAACAAAUGGAAACAUUAAGGGCUGCUCUUGGUAUACGAAUGUCUGAACCAGAUGAACAAGGCAUUGAUGGGACUGAUGAUGAACUAAGAAAUAGUCGGAAGAAUGACCCAGGUGAAGGAAGCAAGUGGAGUGAGAAACAUGAACAUGCCUUUUUGGAUAGAGAGUUCACCCGCAAGAAACAUGUGGCUGAAGAUCUUGAAGUUGAGAAGGAUGAAAAUAAAAAGGGUGUUAAAGCCUUGAAAAAUAAGAAGAAAGAAGAUGAGUUUGACGAGUCAAGGCACCACCGGAAGGAAGAAAGCAGGAAGAGAAGGCAUCGGGAUGAUUCUUCUGAUACAGAUAGCAGUGGGAAGCAUGCUAAAGGAAGUCGCAAGAAGCAUAGUAAAGGUAGACGAGGAAGGGAUCAUGAAACUGAAAGUGAUUCUGACCAUGGCAAGAAGAAGAGAACAUCGACGAAGCACAAGAAAAGCAGAAGACAUGACAGUGGAAGUGAUGAUUCUGCUACUGAUGACGAGACCGAUUCCGACCAUGGCAAGAAGAAGAGCAGAAUUUCUGAGAAACUCAAGAAAAGCAGAAGAUCUGGUGAUAGUGAUGAUUCUGCUACUGAUGAUGCGGAUGAUGUUGGCCUGGUUAAUCUGCAUCAGGAAGUUGAGAAACACAAGAAAUCUCGUGCAAGGCAUGACUCUGAUGAUAAUUCUGGUUUUAAUGAUCGUUGGAAUGGUGACGGCAGUAGACAUGGGAAUGGUCGCAGAAUCAGUGAAGGUGAUAGUGAAUCCGAUCUCAACAAAGUAGGAAAGCAUAGAAGGGAAUUGACAAGUAGGAGUCACAAAAGGAAUGAUAGUGAUUCUGAUGGUAGUGGUGAUGAGAAAUUAGAGAAAAUUAGAAGUAGGAGGAGGCAUGAUAGUGAUGAAGAAGAUCCUGAUACAGUUUAUGGUAGGAAAGGGAAGAAAAUUGUUGAGGAGAUGCGAGGUUCUCUGAAAGAUGAUAGUGAUGAUAGCAAGAGCACUGAUUCUGACAGCAGUGCUAGUGAUGAUGGGCAUGGGAAAGCCAUGAAGAAAAAUCUCCUAGACAAAAGUGGACGUGGAGAUCACAGGCAGAUAAUUGACAAGAAGCUAGAUUCUCUGGAUGAUGUCAGUGAGGAUAGCAGGAGAAGCAGUGAUUCUGGCAGCAGUGGUAGUGAUUACAGACAUGGAAAACCUGUGAAAAAGACUCCUGCUGAUAAAAACAGAAGUGGAGGGGGGGAUGGUGGUUAUAACAAAGGUGGUCGAAGUGGUCGUGAAUCCUUUCUAGAAGAGAAGGGUUCUAGACCUGCUGAUCUUGGCCGUGGUGAUAGACCCAGAGAACUGUACCAAUCUUGUAGAGAAGCUGUGGACAAAACCAACCUUGAUAUUCAAGCAACGGGGAGGAACAAAAGGAAACUUGAUGAUUCAACUAAGGAUGAGGAGCAUGAAUCAAAGUCAAGAAAUCGAACAGUUGGAAAAGAGGAAGGGCAUGACAUUGAUCGUAGAGCAUAUCAAAGUAAGGAUGAUCAGAGGGGUGAUUCUUCUAAAUUGGUUAGAUCCAGAGGGCGUGAUGAUGAUGUUGGAGAUACACGUAAAGAAGAUGAACCACGACGUGGAAGUAGGAAUGAUCAAGAAUACAAAGAGCGUGGAGGGGAGAAAAGACAUGCCAGGGAUGAGGAGGAUCAUAGAGGGAGAAGAUACCAGAGAUAUGAAGAAGAGGACGAUGACUACAGAAGGCAUGGAAAGAAUGAGGUAGAUCAGCGAUAUGGAAGUAGAAGGCACGGAAGAGGGGAGAAAGAAGAGCAAGGAAGUAGAGGUCAUGAGAGGGACAAGCAGAUAGAUCACUCCAAGAGGUCUAGAUAUGACGAUUCUCGUUUUAGUGAGAGGAAACGGUAUGAAAAUGACAAGCGUGAUGAUGAUCGAGUCAGAUAUAGAGAUUAAAAACUGGUCAUCUUUUGGCAGCGCAUAACUGGUUAAGCCAUGGAGAAUCUUAGCCGGAUAAAAUCGUUACUGGAGCCAGGGUGCUAGAAAGUGGAAAGAAGUCUGCUCCUUGAGAUUGCUCAAUACUUGAAGAGUAGUAGUAUUUUGUUGAUUCAAUGAAGAAUAUCCUCCCUAAGUGUUUGUUACGACUUGUUAUUUCCGGUGGUAAGGAUUGGGUUAUUUGACUGCUAGUGAUUGUAUGCUUGUAGCUUUGAUAUUGGGAUGCAUGCUUGCCUAUAUACAGGCAAUGCCUCUAUCAUGUGUGAAUGCUGUGCCCUCAGAUUGACCAAUAAGAUUUUGUUAUAUCAUCAAAUUAUUAUUAUUAUUAUU